GAUGUUUUAUUGUUAUCGCAUCUCUCUGCCAUUCGAUCAUCUUGCCCAUCGCUCGUCGCUACUCGACCUCUCCUCACCCACAGCAUCAACGCCGUAACCAAGCAAAGCAAAAACUUCUUUAGAGAGAAAGAGGAUGCCGAAGCGGACGACGCACACGUACUCGAGCGAAGACGCGGCGCCCGACGGCCCCGAAUCCGAUCUCUUCGUCUACUACUGCAAGCACUGCGGCUCCCACGUCCUCAUCACCGAUACCCAAUUGCAGAAGAUGCCAAAGCGAAAGACUGACAGAGCGCAUGUGUUGGACAAGAAAAAACAUCUUGCAAGAUUGAAUGUCAAAGAGGCAGGAAAAGUUCUAUUAAAACGCGGUGAGGGAAAACUGGAAAAACAGUUCCGCAUGACUUGUACGGGUUGUGAGCUUUUUGUUUGUUAUCGUUCAGAGGAGGAUUUGGAACUCGCUUCCUUUAUUUAUGUUGUUGACGGUGCACUGAGCUCAGUUGCAGCAGAAACAAAUCCACAGGAUGCUCCUCUGCCCCCUUGCAUAUCACAAUUAGAAGGUGGCCUUGUCCAAGUGGCAAUUGAAGUAGAAGAUCGUGCACAACGUUCAGCAAUUACAAGAGUGAAUGCUGAUGAUGUUCGAGUGAGUGUAGCUGCUCCAGCUGCCCGAGGCGAAGCUAACAAUGAAUUGCUAGAAUUUAUGGGCAAGGUGUUGGGCUUAAGGCUGAGUCAAAUGACGCUUCAGAGAGGAUGGAACAAUAAAUCAAAACUUCUAGUAGUCGAGGACUUGUCUGCUAGACAGGUGUAUGAGAAGCUUUUGGAAGCUGUGCAGCCCUGAUGUAGCCAUAUGUUUGGAGCAGACUUCAUCUUGUUUCAGCAGAUCUGGCCUGUGACUUGAGUGUGAUUGGUAGACUAUUAUUGCUUUUAAACUUUACCUUGAUAUUAUUUGUAGGUGGGUAUAUAUUAUUUGCAUGCUUCUGUCCAGAAGCCUGAGUAUUUAAAGAUGCUCGCUGGAGCAUGGUCUAAAUAGACCAUGAAGCUCUUCUGAAAGAACCUGGAGCUGCAGUUGCUAGUAAUUCCCAAGCAAAUUAAGCCCUACUGUGGGCUGAUAACAACUUGAAUCAAUUAGGUGUGAAAUGGGCUGCUUACAGUGCAUCAUCCCACCGCGAGACAGGACUUGAUGCAUUUGCGACAUUGUUGUAAUCGUAGACCAUGUGGGCAUGGUACAACUUGUUUGCUUAUCAGUCUAAUCAGAAAAGUGGUAACUUCUGUUCUGCAUUCUGUUUAGCUUAUCUCUAAUAUGAAACAUCGAAAUUUAUUCCUCGACUCUCAGGUUGACUUGUAUUUAAUGUAAAACAUGAAAGUUUUAUUCCUUGACUUUCAUGUCUUCUCUUUCCUUGGAUACUUGGUGCCCAACCUGGGGAAAUAAAAUUGAAUGGUGAUGGGUCAUUUGCCUCCAAAAAA